AUGAGUUUGGUAGAGUUGUAUGUCCAGAAUACUGGGGUUCAGAGUACUGGAGAUUCACUAGAUGAUGAUGAUGAUACUGAUAAUAAAGCUACGUUAGAAACUAAGAAAAAUACCACGUUUAAUGAAGCCACAACAGUAGAAGGUGGACUGAGACAUCAUAGUGAGCCACAUAAACAUUCCCAUCAUCAUACAAGUCAUGUACAUUCUAGUUUUACUACACGUAGAAAUAAAAGCCCGUCUGACCUGGAAGCAGAUUUAGAAGAUAAUCAGGAUUAUGAUAGCACAGUUAGUCAAUCAGAGACAAACUUAACAUUGAUUGGACAAUCUGAGUCAUGUGACAUUCCUGUAUCUCAAUCGGUUGUUAAUAGCAACACAUCAGGUGUUCUCAAAUAUACUAGUAAAUACUCAGAAUCGCGAACAUCUGCCACAGUGACACCCUCUUCAAAUGUUGUUGACCCGGAAACCAAGACGACGUCUUCCAACAGUACAACGGCAGAAAUUCUCUCAAGAUAUCGUGACACUGAUCUUCAAAACCAAAAAGAGGCUGAAUCUCAACAAAAGAAAGAAAUUGACGGACCCAGAACAUAUUCAACUUAUUCUCAACUCCGGGAAAAUCGAGGAGAUUCCCCGUACGGGAGUUAUCUUUCCCGCUUACGGGACCGUGAUUCAACCUCACCUGUCCAUCAACGUAUUAAUUACCAUAUUACACCACGCCCCUUUAUAAAUAAAUCCCAGGAUACAGCUAAUUUAGAAAAGUUACUGGACAAAGAGAAGGAAGAAAAUAAGAAAUUAAAAGAAUUAUUGAGUGAUAAAGACAAGAGAAUAGCUGAGUUAGAAAAAGAAGUCUCCUUAUUAAAUAGGGAACUUGACGAGCUAGAUGAUGAAAAUAUUAAACUUCAAGAACAAAACAGUGCUCUUAUUAAAGCUAUGUCUACACUAUCAACAGCAGUUUAA